AUGGACUAUUUCACACUGAUCAAAAGUAGAGAUUCAUGCCAACCUGAGCGAGCAAUUGAGCCAUCAACCAGCUCUAGUACCAGUAGCACUCCUAUUGACCAUAUGAAUGACAACAGUAUUCCAGGUGACUUCAAUGGUGAAGAUGGGGAGGCUGAAGAAAGGGACAGAAAAGAUAUGUUUGUGCCCACCAGGAAGAGAAAAGAUAAACCAAGUGAUUCACAGUCGAUGUCCAAAAUUUUAAAGAUUGUUAAAUAUAUGAGCGAAAAUGAUCCAACAAAGGAACUCUUGCAAUUCAUGAAAGAAGACGCGGAAAAAUCAAGACAAACAGAACUGGAGCUUCUCAAGCUCUUGUCCAAUCAAGCUCAGGCACCACAAUAUGUUCCUGCAGGCUAUCUACAUCAACCGAUUAUUCAUCACAACAAUCACCCUCAACAACAAAUGUACCAACAAAGCCCGACCCCACAAUGGAGAAAUGGUGAUUCACCCAUUUCUCAAACACAUCCUCAUAUCCCCACCCUUUAUG